AAUUCCGCGUCAUUCAAUAACCAAUUUUUAAAUAGUAAUACUAUUCGGAAUCCCCUUGCCGGUCCGGCCAACCUCGCUCGUCGGAAACAACAGAGUGUAUGGUAUCUUUACUGCUCCAUACCGAUUCCUCAGAUUCUCCUCUCCGUUCCUCUCCACAAUCCUCUCCUCAACCUCCGUCAAUGCCUUCCCAAACCUCUCGAAUGCCGCCGCCGCCUCCAAUUCUGCCGUCCACCCCGCCGUGUCCCGCUGACCUAGGUAAAACUCAUCCGAAGAAUGCGUCGAUAGAAGUUCAAUCAGCGAGAUCCCCAAAAGCGUCUGGAGCCUCGCCGUGAUCGUCCUCAAGAAAGCCCUAUCUGGGUUCUCCCGCAUCUCCUCGAAUUCCAGCGUUCCUUCCUCCGGCAUGAACCGCCGGCUGAUGGUGGGGCGAUUCGGCAUGUAGCCGGCAUAAGUGUACUGCCCAAAAUUGGUGGCUGCAUGGAGCGCCGACGCGAUCCAGAUCACAGUCGUGCACGAUUCGAUGAGUUCGUCUCGAUUACGCAUCUUGGGCCACCAGGGCUCGUCUCUCUUGUCCGCAUGGCCGACCUCCACGAGUUCUUUCCACCACGUUUGGAGCUCGACAUCACUCCGAAUCGCAUCGUCGGUUUUGUAGUACAAUGAUGUGUAAUUGGCUACCCAGUUUCUGAUCGCUGACCAGAUGUCGAGCCCGUCAACGGCGUAUGGGUAGUCUUUGAUAAGAAGUCGGAGACCGUGUUUGGACACUGGGUCAGGAACCGCCAUUCCCCUGCAAGUUGUUCGAUGAAAUGCCUGAAUGAGCUCAAAAGUCAAAACUUGCGACGAAGAGAAUUCCAUGCAGUACUUGGCAGGGUAGAGCGUGAACUCCAUCAGUCCUCCUCCAUUGAUGAGGACCUGUCUCCCAAGCGCGUUUAUGUUCAUGGUAUCUCGAAAAUGAGGGUGGAGAAGCUUGAAGAUCGGGUGAACUACGCUGAGCUGCCUGUUUGUGGCAAUGACAAACGGCUCGAUCACGGCAUGAGUGUGCAAGAAGUGACUGAUGAGCUCGUGGUAGCCGGAAUCGUUUACUGCUACAUAUGCUUUGGCCAACUGCCAAAUGAUUUCUUCGAGGCUGCCCUCCUCCUUAUGAUCUGCAGGUGGUGGAGUGUAGACUUUGUUAAUGGCUCCCAACUGGUCUCCGUCGGGAUGUGGCAAGCUCAACUCGAUCGCCAUUGGCUUCAAUGUGUCAUCAUUUUGCAGACUUUAGCAUCCAGCUUGCUCCUCGGUGGGAACUCUUGAAGAAUACUAAUGACAACAGGAUUAAGCCCAGCCAGCAUUUCCCUCGCAAAUUCUUCAUCAGUUCUCCAAGCAGUCCUACUCUCUGCUCAAAGAUUGUCAUCAACACAAACAAGAAAUAAACAAUCCUUUCCCCAUCAGUAUGGAAAAUCAGGUUGAUGAUAUCUAAAGGAAUAUCCUUCCAGAGGUUAUCGAGUGUGGGACCUCGAGGGAGCUUCACCCCUCCAUCGUAUAGCUUCAAAGCAUCAUCGAAGGAAUCAAAUUCAUUGCCAUCCUCAGAGCACAGAGCCUCCAGUUCAGGCUUCACAAUUUGAACGAUGGCUUUGAGCCCGUUAAGAAGGAAAUCGGACAUCUUCAGGUGACCAAAUCUCUCGUCUCUUGGGACGUAUAUGUCUAGACUCAUCAAUAGUGGUAGCCUACUCUCUACCUUGGGAUCUGCUUAGAAAUGAAAAUGAAAUGUAAAUAGGACAG